AUGCACGCCUUGCUUUCGCUAUCCUCUGCAUCUAAGAGUUUCCGCAACACCCUCGUACCCCUCAUAUGGCACACAAUCGUUAUCCGCACGCCUCAACAUUUGCCUCGACUGGCCGCACUGCUCCGUAGCUACGAUACACUUUCUGUACGAUCCACGUCUCCGCAACAGCGACGGCGGAGCUCCUCUCCGACGUCCAGGCUUGCUUUUACCGAAGGUGUUGGUCUGCGGCAUCCUUGCCCGCACAUCCGAAGCAUAGUUGUGUCGAUCCCGGACAAGUACAUGGAUCUGGACCAGUCUUACCUUCUCACGCUGCUUCGAUCCCUGGAUUUGGCGCGUACGCAGCAGCUGGAGCAUCUGUACUGGUCGGCCGAAGCGGUGCCCAAUCCAGCCAUAUGGCCGCUGUUGGGACCGUCGCUCAAGAGUCUCGAGCUCGACGGAAGGACGUUCUACCAGGGACACAGGGGAAUGGCGGGGCUGGAGUGCCUGGAGAGCUUCAAGAUGGUGGGCUACGAGAGCACGUUGUUGCCGAGUGGGGUUGUGGCAUUGUUCCAGGCGCAGAGUAUUGCAGAUGGGAUGCAGGGUGUGCAGGUGACAGAGUUGCCGGAAGGAGCAGAGUUGGAGGAGAGGCGGAAUAGGGGUGAGAGCGUGAGCCCGUCGGUGGAGCUGCAAGCGUCCACGGCAGGAGAGCCACACAGACAGGCUCGGCAUCUGUAUCUCGACCCACAACCACCCACACCGCCGCCACCACGGCCGUCGCCUGACAAACGCACACGACUCACCCACCUCUCCCUCAGCACAUCCAAAACCUCGCUCUUCCACCAACAUGCCCUCGCCGCCACCUCCGCCUUCGCCGGACUCACCCACCUCGACCUCUUUCCCAUCACCCCCGAACCCCCACUCUCGCUCAGCAUCGUCACCGCCGCUUCCACCCUAACGCAUCUCCGUCUUGUGCUCGACAUCUCCGGAGCCUUUGCAAACUACGACAAGCUCUGGGCGGACUUGACGGGACAGCUGCCGCUGUUGGAGUGGCUCGAGGUGGACCCGAUGCCGCAGCAGAAUACGGCGCCGAGCUUUUGGGACUUUGUCGAGCAGGCGCCCAGGUUGAGGUGGAUCAACGGCAGGGACGUGCAGAGUUUCCCGCCUUGCUUUGGCGGGUUCGACCCGGGCAAUCCGUCCGGCGCUCUGCCGUUUUGA